CAAAUAUUUGAAAAAUGUCAAGAGACUUAAGGGGGAGGGGUGCAUUGGGUGGACUGAGAUUCCUGACUUCAGUUGACCACACUGUCAGUGUCUUAGCACUAGGUCACCAGGAUGCCACGGCCUCAGUAUUUCUAAAAUCUUGUCUACGGGCCUGUUUCCAUCUAGCAAUCAUCUGUUGAAAUGUCAAAAAUUAAAAAUGGUUGCAGAAGCACAAUACAGGUUCACUUGCAACAUCUUGAUACCCUCCAGUCAGACACAAGUCUGAGCCGAGUUAUGUCGCUCUUGCUCCCCUCCCCCCACUUGCUCAGCAUUGCUUGCACACCAGAGACACUCCCACAUUUUUGGUUGACUUAAAAAGACAAAAGUAUGCUCCCCAAGUGUGUUUCUAAACAUUUUCAUUCCUUGUAUUUUCUAGAUAGAUUCUGUGACAGUACUAGCAGAAGAAAUGUUUAAAUCUGAUCUUUAAAACUGAACCCACUCUUGAGGUCAACUGAAUUUCCUGUUAUCCUGCAACUUUGUACCCAAAUGAAAGCCCCCAGUCUCUCCCAUUGAGACACAUUUCAACACGUGGUUCUCAAGACAGGAUUUAUUUUGAAAGUUCCACUCGGAAGUCUUGUUUUCCCCCUGCUCGUUUGACUGUCGUGGCUGGGUGAUGAUUUGCUUACUUGGAGCAGGACUGAGUUUGGAGCGGGUACUGUGAAAUGUGUAACCAUGAUGUUGCCUAGAUAAUCAGCGGAGGACGUUAACAGACAGAGACCUACAACCAGCUGAAGGCAAGAGAAGCAGGCAGGACAGCCACACCUCAUGCGUGGGCUCAGCAAAGGUCCGAGUGGAUAGGGUCUGACAAACAUGGGUGUGCUCCAGCUCCACAAUCCCACUCACCCCAGCACGCUUCUGCAGCGGGCCAAUCAGAUGCGUCUGACCGGCACCUUGUGUGAUGUCAUCAUCACGGUGGACGGCCAGGAGUUCCCGGCGCACCGCACUGUCUUGGCCUGCACCAGCAAAAUGUUCGAGAUCUUGUUCCACCGCAGCAGCUUGCGCUACGCCCUGGACUUCCUGUCCCCCAAGACCUUCCAGCAGAUCCUGGAGUACGCCUACACCGCCUCGCUCCAGGCCACAGCCGAGGACCUGGAUGACCUGCUGUACGCCGCUGAGAUCCUGGAGAUCGAGUAUCUGGAGGAGCAGUGCCUGAAGGUGCUGGAGACCAUCCAGGCGGAGGAGAGUGAGGAGGUGGCGGUGAGGAAUCACAGCUCCGGAGACCACAGUGACCACAGCCGGGCCAGGCACUGGAGGCACAUGUUGAUGUCCAAGAAGCAUUCCAUACAGGAUGGACCCAACCGCACCACUCCCACUGCUCUACACCACCUGGCGCUGUACCACAUGACGGAGAGGAGCUCUCCUGGUCCAGAGCCCGAGGUGGCUCCUGAAUUGAGCCCCAAGCUGGACACAGAGGUCGACAUGGAGAGUUCCCAGCAGCCCCAGCGCCACAGUGCAGAGUUAUCCCAGGCCUCAUCCCUGGAUCCUGCCAGAAGUAUAAAAUCAGAGAGCAUGCAGGUGGAUGAUGCCAACGGCUGCGAGGGCAGGUCCUCCAGCACUGGGGAGGGAAGCUGCAUGUCAGACCAGCCCAGAGACGAGGGCCCGGGGACGCCCCUGAGAGGCAGCGUGAUCACCAGCGCUCGAGAGCUGCACACAGGCCCCGAAGACGGAGGACAAGUGGUGGGGAACUCUCUUGACUGUUUUCCUGGGAUCUCUGAGAAACAUCUGGCCUCCAUAUACUCUGUGCCCUCCAACCACACAGGGGAGGGGAUGCUGCCAGUGUCCGUUUCAGUGGCCCCGUCCCUGGGCGUGCCGCUGGACCCGAGGGCCUACAGUGGGCUUCUGCACCAAGGCUUGCUACACAGGGAGCUCCUCAGCAGGCUGGGCCAGUUUGCAGCAGGGAUGAGGCACGAGGGCCAGGCUCAAGGCCAGCAGUGUUGUGGCGAGUGUGGACUUCAGCUGCACAGCAGGCAGGCCAUGGAGCAGCACAGGAGGCUGCACAACGAGGAGAAGGGCCACGGCUGUGAAUACUGUGGCAAACACUUCCAGGACAGCAUGCGGCUAAGGAUGCACAUGCUGUCUCACACAGCUCCUGCAGAGGCGAUGGUGUGUGAUCAGUGUGGAGCAACAUUCUCUUCAGAGGAUGCUCUGGAAGCCCACAGGCAAACACACACAGGGACUGACAUGGCAGUGUUCUGUCUGCUGUGUGCAAAGCGCUUCCAGACCCAGAAGGCCCUGCAGCAGCACAUGGAAGUCCAUGCAGGCAUGCACAGCUACAUCUGUAGCCACUGUGAGCGCCCCUUCCCCAGCCACACUACCCUCAAAAGACACUUGCGCUCACACACGGGCGAUCACCCAUUUGAGUGUGAAUUCUGCGGGAGCUGUUUCAGAGACGACGGCACGCUAAGGGGCCAUAAACGCAUCCACACAGGAGAGAAGCCUUAUGAGUGCAACGGCUGUGGGAAGAGGUUCAGCCUCAAACACCAGCUAGAAACACACUACCGUGUACAUACAGGUGAGAAGCCAUUCGAGUGUAAGCUGUGUCACCAACGGUCCAGAGACUACUCGGCUAUGAUCAAGCACCUGCGCACUCACAACGGAGCGUCUCCGUACCAGUGCACCAUCUGCCAGGACUUCUGCCCGAGCCUGGCCGCCAUGCAGAAGCACAUGAAGGGCCACAAACCGGAGGACGUGCCGGCGGACUGGAGGAUAGAAAAGACUUACCUGUACGUCUGUUACGUCUGAGCAGGACUUGGACCCCACUCACAGUCUGACACACACAGUCACUGUUGGGUGAAAACCUUGUAACUCCAGUGUUGCUGAUUUUUGAUGCUGAAAGAUUACAUGUUUCUCUAUGGGUUUAAAAAAAAAUUAUUUCAGACUCUUUUUGGAUAAACUGAAAAAUGCAUUGUGCGAAGUUGUCAUUCUUGGAGAUACAGGGUUUUUACCUGACAACAGAGACAUGCAAGCACGAGUACAAAUUUGUGUACACACUAGGGCUGCAACUAAUGAUGAGUUUCAUUGUCAAUUGGAUUAUUUUUACUACUAAGUGAUAAAUCAUUUAGUCUGUCAGAAAAUAGUCACAUUUUGGUGACAAGGUGACAUCCGACCAACAGUGCAGUCCAAAGAGAUUCAACUUACAAUGAUAUAAAACAGAGAACAGCAGCAAAUUCUCACAUUUUGAGAAGCAGGAAACCGCAAACAUUUAGCAUUUUUCCAUGAAAAAUGACAAACAAUUAAUUGGUUAUCAAAAUUGUCGACAGUUUCCUGACAACUUAUUGUUUCAGCCCUAGUGCACACAAACAUACAGGCACACACUCUCUCUCCCUCACACACACAGUUUUGAUAGUAACUGAAUAACUAAUGGAUCCACUGUUGUUAAAAAUCAAUGCCACAAUGGCUGCAACUGCUGACCUGUAUGUGUAGCAGGAGCUUUCUGAUUGAUUGCUAAACCAUCAGGCAACCUGAAUCAUCUUUUAUGAUUGUGCAGUAGAUGUUGAAAAUAUUUCCACAAAGGCUUGAUUGGCUGAACUUUGCAACAUUUUCUCUCCUUAAUUCCUGUGACUUCUCAGUUUUUUUCUGCUGUUGGAUUUUUAUUUUGGAGUUAUUUUCUGCAUGUUGUACUUGAAUGGCUGCCACGUUUUGACCUCAUAAUCUCUUUAAUUGCCUUGUCUUUCUUGCAGUGGGUGUUUUUGUUUCAAGAUAGCUGGCUUACAAUUUGAGUUUCUCUUGCAAUGUAAUAGGUUUUGCUAUUUAUAUGUUGUUUAUUUGUUACCAAAUAUGUGCUGGUUUUCAUCACACAGUCUGUGUCUCUUGGGAUGAUUUUUAGUAGAGCGAGCUCUACCUCUCCUCACUUUUCACCAUUUGUUUUGAACCUACUGCAAAUUAUUCAUCCAUCAGUAGUUUUAAUUUUCUAACAAAUGCAUCAUAAUUUAAAUGGUCAAACUGUGUAAAAAAUGCGAACAGCCUCAACAUGGCUUAUGUGUAGUUUUUUAUCAUGAACUAUAUAUAGAUGUCUUAUAAAAUCACAGAAUCAGAAUUUUCUAAGAGAAAAUUGAAGAAAACAUGAAAAGAAGUUGGGGUUUUUUUUUACAAAACAUGAAAAGAAAAUUCUGACAUUGAAUCACUAUGAGCAGGUAAUUGUCAGUUGUAGUGUAGCUGUAAUGUACAAACUGUCAUGGUAUGUUAUUCCCUCAUGUGAGCCUAAUACAGGCCUUAUAGAUUUAAACAUGUUGUAUUUUUGUAUUACAGUAAUUUGCUAUCUGUUUACAUUUGGUAUGAUUUGAGAAACAUCUUAAUGUGUGUGUUUUAUAAGUCUCUGAUUUGAUUAAGAUCCCUCCCUUGUGCCUCUUUUAUAAGUAGAGCAUUGAUGUGCUUGAGUACAUGGGUCUGUGCUAUUGGUAGUUGUUUCUGGGUGUUUGUUUAUUGUUACUUAAUUAAAGAUAGACUGCCAUGUAGAUCCACUUUGUCUGAACAUUGCAACUGGAAGCAACAUACUGUGAUAGUUACUCUGAGACAAGCGUGUACUUUUACAUCACAAUUGCUUGGAACUUGCAUCAAAUUGUUCCCUUCAAAGUGACAAUGGACUGAGAUCUCUGGAUGAAAACAGUGUGUAUAGCAAAUCUGGGCGUCUGUGGGCAUUACCAAUGCCUUCUUAAGUAGCCAGCAACACUCAGUGCCAUGAAAACACACAUUCACUGUAUCUAUUCUACAUGAACAUGCACUAUAAAUGGAUUUCCUUGGUGGACCAAAAGAAAUAGAGCACUUUUGUUUGAAAAGGGGUUUUUCUUUGAACUUUCUAUGUUGUGAUAAUGCAGAUGUCCUUUUAUUUGAUGUGUCCUAGAAGGAUGUGAUUAGCAUUGUUUAGAUUAUGUCAAUGUCUGUCUACCUCAGGGCCAGAUCAAAGCUCGACCUGGUAUCCAAUCAGGGUUGUUCUUCUUGCCAUGUGUGCAGUAAAAUCCCUCUUCAUUACAGCUUUGUAACACAGUGUGUGAAAGUGUUUUCUCAGUGUGGAUUCAGGCACAACUCUGUAUGCGUCAGUGUUCGGUGGCAUGGUUAAAAAAAAAAAAAGAAUAAAACAAGUUACUAUUUUA